GGUCAAGAAUCUCGAGCCACUUGCCUUUCAUACAUGACCUGAUGACCACCAAUUUGUGCAACAAAACCAACUUCAUUUUUGCCUCAAAAUUCAAAAUUUAAUUCCUUCGUGACGACCUACAAUCUCUAGAAACAUCCAGCGAUCUCCCCAAUUCUUCUUCUUCUUCCUCUGGUUUUUCUCUGAUUGUUUUUACUUCACAAUCAUGGAAACCCUAGCUUCAUCUGCAACAAUCGUAUCUUCUUCUCCUAAAUCCCUUAAAAUUCUGUCUCCUAGAUCCAAACACCCUAUUGGAAAAAGACUCUUUCGGCUCCCGAUUUCUGCCAAGAGUAAUGGAAACGAAUCUGAUCUCCGAUCCGACUCAAAUGAUGCGAGUAUUGUCCCGAUUUCCACCAACCGAACUUUCUCCAAGGAUGAUGCGAUGGGGUUAGUUUUGAGUGCAGCAAAUGUAAGGGGAUGGACUACAGGUUCAGGUAUGGAAGGGCCUUCAGUUCCUGCAGGUGGUGAUGGAGAUUGUGAAAAGAUUUCUACAUUUCCAUGGUCUCUUUUCACAAAGUCUCCAAGAAGAAGAAUGCGUGUUGCUUUCACUUGUAAUGUCUGUGGUCAAAGAACAACUCGUGCUAUUAAUCCCCAUGCUUAUACUGAUGGCACUGUUUUUGUCCAGUGUUGUGGAUGCAAUGUGUUUCACAAACUUGUGGACAAUUUGAACUUGUUUCAUGAGAUGAAAUGCUAUGUGAAUCCAUCAUUCCAGUAUCAGGAUCCAAAUGGGAAUGUUGGAAGCCUUGGAUUCAAAUAUUUAGACAUGGGUGAUGAAGAUGAUAAUGAUGACAUCAUUCCACUCUUAUGAGGUGAGAGAAGUGGCGUGUAUUGAUUCUAUUCAACCACACAAACACACACUAGUGGUGAUUGUAAAUAACUUUGGAACUUUGGUUUAAUGUUAUAUAAAUAAAGUAGAAUGUUAUUCUGAUGGGGUUGUAAAUGGAUCGAGUAGGAACUAAUUGUGAUUAUAUUUGUAUUUGUAUCAAUAUCUGCAUAUAUGAAAUCAUAAUUCGUAGA